ACGAAGGCCAAUUUGACAAGUGGUGCCGCUGCCGGACUGCUGUUUUCCGCGACAGAUUGUAGUUUUCCGGGGAAAAUAGGGGCAUUCCGCACUCAGUGGCGAUUCCCAGGUGAAGUUUGUGCAUUCCGUGAGCGAAGCAGUGCGUGCAAGGCGUCCAAAAGGCGGUGCGUGACGCGCGAGAAGGCUGCAAAUUAUGGCUUCCUCACCGAAGAAGGCGAAAACGGAGGAUGGCAACAGCCGGGAGAUGAACGAGGAGGAGUCUGAGGCGCUGGAGCACAUAGACGCGUGCCAGAAUGAGAUUGAUGCGCUGAAUGAGAAGGCGAGCGAGGAGAUCCUGAAGGUGGAACAGAAAUACAACAAGCUGCGAAAGCCUCUGUUCGAGAAGAGGAACCAAAUCAUCAAGAGAAUUCCCAGCUUCUGGGUCACGGCGAUCGUGAAUCAUCCGCAGAUCUCGUCGAUUCUGGAGGAAGAGGAGGAGGAGUGCCUCCACUAUCUGGAGAAGCUGGUGGUGGAGGAGUUCGAUGACAUCAAGUCUGGCUAUCGCCUCAAGUUCUUCUUCGAGAAGAAUCCUUUCUUCGAGAACGAGCUCAUCACCAAGGAGUUCUGUCUAGGCUCCAGCGACGGGCCCACGUCCACCAGCUCGCCCAUCACCUGGCGCGAGGGCAGGGACCUGCUGAAGGCGCUGCAGUUCAAGCCGGCGGCCAACAGGAGAAAGCGCAACCUCGAGUUCAAGUCCUUCUUCGACUGGUUCACCGACAAUUCCGAUCCCAUCAACGAUGAGAUUGCCGAGCUCAUCAAGGACGACUUGUGGCCAAAUCCGCUGCAGUACUAUCUGGUGCCCGACAUCGAGGUGGAGCCGGAGGAGAACGACGAGAACAGCGAGGAGUACGGCGAAGAGGAGAACUUUGACGAGGACGAGGAGUCCACAGAGCAAAAGUAGACACGCGUGUUGAGGCAGUAUUUCGGCGUUUUGUGUGUGUUUCUAGAGCGAAAAAGGGUCAGGAAAGCUAAGGACUAUCCAAUUUAUCUCUCUUCUUUUCUACUACAACAAACCAUAGGAAGG